GUUGUUUGUCAUACAUAUUAACGGUUUUCUAUAGAUAGAAAUCUAACCGUUUUCUCCCCUUUUUUUCUCUCCACCUCACCCUUUCAACAUAAAAUCUCUUAUCGAUUUCCCCUUUCAACUUUCAAUCGCCACCACCAUCCUUCAUCGCCACCACCAUAAAUAACCCCUUUAUACUUUUAGAAAAGAGAAAAUAAAAAAAAAUGGCAAACUAUGCCACCCUUUUAGUCCUUUCAUUUAUUGCCUUGUCGAUGGCAACAAUUGGGCAUUGCAGUUGGAUCAGCGGUGGUGCUCCUCCCCCGGCUAGUGUAGGAGAAGUGGACCUAGAAGUCGUCGACGAAUUAACAGAUGAACUUGCCCCUGGUCCAAAUGGCGAGCCCACAAAAGAGAAAGGUGGAUCCGCCUCUGGACCAGGACCAGCUGGCGAUUUCAUGAUCCAGGGAAAAAGAUCAAUCUGGGAAGGGUUUGGCGGUGUCGGGGGUGACUUUAUCAACCAAGGAAAAGCAAGCGUAACCCCUGACGCUGCUGAGACGUUUAUCGUCCAAGGUAAAAUUUACUGCGACCCAUGCCGCAUCCAAUUCCCAACCAAAAUCAGUUUCCCGUUGCGAGAUGUCAAAGUCAUCCUUGCUUGUCACAAAGAGAAUAGCAAUGUGGAAACUUAUAGGGUUGAAGGAAUGAGUGAUGAGAACGGAAACUAUAAACUCAAGGCUGUUGGUGACCAUGCAGAAGAGAUUUGUGAAAUCAGUGUCACUGAAAGCCCAGAAAUUAACUGCCCCGACCUUAUGGAUGAUGAAAACCAUGUUAGGGUUUCUUUGACCACCAAACAUGGAAUCAAAGGCAGAGCCCGAUAUGCUAACCCACUCGGGUUCAUGGCUGAAGUUGCCGAUCCACGUUGCAAGGAGGUUCUCGACGAGCUUGGUUUUACUGGAAUAUAAAUUCUUUUAUUAAUUUUGAUCCUUAUUAUUCUAAUUCUUGUAUUUUUUUUUGUAAAUUGUAAUCUAGGAAAUUAAUAAGAGCAUGCAUGCUUGGAAGAAGAAAAAAAAAAGUCUUAUGUACAGAUAUUAAGUUAAAUACAAUUGGGUGGUAGUUGUCAAAAUCAAUGUAAAAUUGUACAUGUAUGUUGUAACAUGAAUAUUAAUGUUAUUUUGCUCCCCACUCUUUAAAUUGUCUCAGUUUAGGCCCUCCUUCGGGCCAUAUUUUUUUAGGCAUGUUUACAUUUUAAUUUUA